AUGUCCGACUCGGAGUACGGUUCGUGCUCGGGUUCCGACUCGGGCUCGGGCUCGGGCACGGGCUCGAGCUCCGAGGCAUGCGAGGCCGAGUCGUCGAGCACGCCGUCGCGGUUUUCAUACCUUAAGGGCUUUGAUCUUUCACUCAAUCAGCUGGAUGAGUACUUUCCGCCGAUGGUGUUUGAGAUGAAGUCGAUGGAGUGGUACGUGGCCUGA